AUGUCCCGCCCACUGGCCGGUCUGCAGACUCACACAAAUACAGUUGUGUGUUUCAUAAAAAUGCACUCAGAUGCGUCAAAUACAAAAGAUUCACUAUGACCUGAUAUUUACAUGCUAGAGAAAUAUGACCUCCACAGUGGCAUUUACUUUCUUGAUGAAACCAUACUUGAUAAUAUAAAGAUUAUGGAUGACAGUGUUGGCUGACUGGAGCAGAUGCUUCUUUCCCAUAUCCUCAAUAAUUUCAACAUGUAGACUGAAGACACUAUUUCCAGCUGAACUCUCAUUUGUCCACACUGGCCAGUAUCCAUAAGAUCUACCACACCCUGCACAGGCUGAACCUGACAGAAGACGUCGGCCCAGAGACUCACGGUACAGCCUGCUGCUCCAGAGCCAUGCCCCCCAGGAAAAAGAGGAGACCCACUGCUGGAGAUGACCUGUCUGCUAAGAAGAGCCGGCAGGAUAAUGUUUACAGAAAACAGGAGACAUUGCAAAUCCAGGAAGCCGAAGCUUUUUCUAGCAAAAGAUGUCUAGAAUGGUUUUAUGAAUAUGCAGGUCCUAAAAAGAGUAUAAUCACAUCAGAAUCUGGUUGUGAUGAUGUUUUUGGACCGGACGGGAUGGAGAAAUUCUGUGAAGACAUUGGCGUGGAGCCAGAGAAUGUAGUGAUGCUGGUAUUGGCCUGGAAGCUUGAUGCCCAGAGUAUGGGUUACUUCACUUUACAGGAGUGGCUCAAGGGAAUGGGCUCAUUGCAAUGUGACUCUACUGAAAAACUCAGGAACUCUCUAGACUACCUGAGGUCUGUCCUCAAUGAUGCCACCAGUUUCAAGCUCAUUUACCGAUAUGCCUUCGACUUUGCCAGGGAGAAGGAUCAGAGGAGUUUAGACUUGAAUACUGCCAAGUGCAUGCUGGGACUUCUGCUUGGGAAGACCUGGCCAUUGUUUCCAGUGUUUAACCAGUUUCUAGAACAAUCAAAGUAUAAGGUUAUAAAUAAAGAUCAAUGGUGCAAUGUUCUAGAAUUCAGUAGGACUAUCAAUCUUGAUCUCAGUAACUAUGAUGAGGACGGGGCCUGGCCAGUGCUGUUGGAUGAGUUUGUGGAGUGGUAUAAAGACAGAGAGAUGUCGUAGCGACAGCUUCCCCACACCUACCACCAUCACCAACUAGAAACUAAUCGCCAACAAUCACAAUGACAAUGACAACAGAAACGGCUUUGAAACAAACAUCUAGAUAACAAAGUACAAUUCAAAACUGAAGUGUUUGGGACAGAUGAUGGUGGCCCCUGGCGAUGAGGGCUUGAGUGUGUGAGUGUUUGCAUAGAAUGUAAUUAUUAAUGCACAUGUUUGUAUGUCGCCCUUUUAGCCGGGGCCAUAGGAGGGUCACUGGUGGUUGUGUGUUGGAGAAACAGCACCUCACCGACUCCACCUAAUGCCCCCCAUAUUCCACAAUGCAUUGUGGGUAAGCACACGGCCAGUGUUGGUGCCGCCUUCCCACCCCACUGUGAUGUUUCAUAUUGCUGUGAAUGUUUCGAUAGGCUCUUAUAAGGAGGAUGAAUUUGGAUUCUCCACAAGGCAGGGUAGGUACAAACUCACAUACUGUCUGAAGUUUCGGUAAUUAGGGCAUGGAAGGAAAGGAAAAAGGAAGAACCUGCUUGGCUUUUUACUGAAAGUCAGUGACUUAUUACUAAGACUUUAUGGGUCAAAAAUCGAAAUAGCUUACAGUGUCGCUCUGCUGAUGUGGUCCAAACACUGUUUACUAUGGUUUUUAUGUUAAAGGAUGAUGACCGUCAGAGCAUGUUACCAUAGAUGCAUAGCAACCUUUACCAUAAGUUUUAUUUUUACCAGCCUCACUGCACUUGGUUGCCAUUUAAUAAAGCGCACCACAUGCAAGAGUAGGGCUGUGCAAAUAAUCGAAUGCGAUUUUCAUGCGCAUCUCGUCAGUAAAG